AUUCAACAUGAGCGGACGAGGAAAAGGAGGAAAGGGUCUCGGUAAAGGAGGCGCUAAGCGUCACCGUAAAGUCCUCCGUGACAACAUCCAGGGAAUCACCAAACCCGCCAUCCGCCGUCUGGCUCGCCGCGGGGGGGUGAAGCGUAUCUCCGGUCUGAUCUACGAGGAGACCCGCGGUGUGCUGAAGGUCUUCCUGGAGAACGUGAUCCGUGAUGCCGUCACCUACACCGAGCACGCAAAGAGGAAGACGGUGACCGCCAUGGAUGUGGUGUACGCGCUCAAGAGACAGGGACGCACCCUGUACGGAUUCGGGGGUUAAACCAUCUAUCAACCAAACAGGCCCUUUUCAGGGCCAACCACCUGAUCUGAG